UUCCUCAGCCCUCAGUUGACCUGUGCGAGCCUACCCUCCAACUUCAGGUACUGGAUACUUGACUUGUCGUUUUAUUAUUUGCUUUCAUUUCGUCACGACCUCUUGCUCUUUCACUAGUUACACCUUCACGACCCUCUCUUACACCCCUCAAACCCCACACGAUCACGAUCGGCAUGCGUUCCUACACCAUCCUCGCUGUCGCCGCCUCCGUCGCUGCCCCAGCUUUGGUCUCUGCUGUCCGCAUUGAACAAGACAGCGAUGCCCUUUCCACCGGCAAAGCCUUCCACCCUUUGAUCUCCAACGCCUACCAGAAAUGGGAGGCGAACCGCGGCAAGCGCAGUGACGACGAAUCCUUCGAACUCCUUGCCCACCAGCACGUCACCCCUGGGUCUAAACCCGAGACCCAUUACGACCCUGGCGAUCACGCUGCAACGGCCGCCGGCGCCCACCCCCACGAGCAGGCCGCUGAACAGCCAUCGGGUCACGCCGGUGCGCACGAGCACGAGGGUGCGAAGCACGGUGCCGCACACCUCCACAGCGGCGAGCACGGCGCCGCGCACUCAGGCUCUCACCUGCGCGUUGGCCAGCGCGUGGGCAAGCACGCCCACCGCUACGGCGCGCACGCGGGCACGCAGGCCCACAGGUACGGCAAGCAGGUUGGCAAGCACGCCCACAGGCACGGGAAGUCCGGCAAGGGCAUGCAGGGACGACGCAAGGGUCUUCACGCGCAGAAGGGCGAGUCCGCCGCGCAAAAGGGCGAGCACGCCGCACACCAUCCCGGGUCGCACUCCUCUGGGCACUCCGCGCCCGCCCAAGGCCACCCCGACGCCGCCGAGCACCCCGCGACGCACCACACCGAGGCCAGCGCUGGCGCGAGCGCGAGCGCUGAGCGCCCUCUCGAGACACAGGCGGCGGCGAGCGUCAAGCAGCACCAGCGGCGGGGCAAGUUCCACAAGGCGAGCAAGGCGUUCGGGCUCGUGGGCGACGCGGCGAACGCGGCGGGCAGCGUGCACGACGCGUGGGACAGCUUCAAGCAGCACCAGCGCCGCGGGAAGAUGCACAAGGCGGGCAAGGCGAUCGGGCUCGUAAACGACGCGGCGAACGCGGCGAGCAGCAUCGGGAGCGCGUGGCAGUCGUUCCACGGCCGCGAGGACUCCCCGUACGAUUCCUGUGAGUGUUUUUGUCGCUUGGUUAUGUGACGGGGAUUGGGGACUGACGGGGAUGCCUCGCUAGGUACGAGCGCGACUACGAGCUCGACGACCUCGAGUAGGCGCAAGCACUGUUGGACCCGCAAGACACUCCGCAUUCAUUCUCAUCCAUCCCUGAUCUGAUUAUCUUCAUGACCUAGCUAGAGGUGUAACUAUCUGAACGACAUUGACGAAAUAGCAUAUCUCACUGAGGGCUCGCA